AUGAGUGUACGUACAGAGGAGCAGUGGUUAUGGGAAGCCCAGGAAUGGGUAAAUAUGGACGUAAAUAUUAGCACUAAACUGCAACUUCAGAAGCUUAUUGAGACCAAGAACAUAUCACGUCUUCAAGAGCUUUUUAGCAAUCGCGUGGCCUUUGGUACCGCUGGUCUACGCGCCGUCAUGGGACCCGGUCCAGCAGCAAUUAAUGAUCUGGUUGUGAUUCAAACAUCGCAAGGCAUUUGCAAGUAUUUAAUGAAACAAUUGGGGAAAUGUGUAACGACACGAGGCAUUGCAGUGGGUUAUGAUCAUCGUAAACAAGACUUUUUAACUUCCAAGAGGUUUGCAGAGCUCACAGCAGCAGUUUGUGUACAUUAUGGCAUUAGAGUUUAUCUCUAUGAGGACUUUGUAGCUACACCACUAGUCCCAUUCUGUAUUGAACAGAAGAAUUGCGUUGCAGGUAUCAUGGUCACAGCUUCACAUAAUCCCAAGACUGACAAUGGCUAUAAAGUUUAUUGGGGUAAUGGUAGCCAGAUCAUUCCACCGCACGAUGAAGGAAUUGCCAAUGAGAUUAUGAAGAAUCUAGCUCCGUGGAGACGCUAUGACGGCUCGUUGGCAGAGCUAAAGAAGACGUUUCCGACGCUAAUUGAAAAUCCAGGGGACGAGCUCAUUAAGUUAUACUUUGAGCAAGCGCGUGCAAGAUUGUGUCGCUUCCCGGAGGCUAAUACCAACACGACGCUCAAGAUUGCCUAUACGGCCAUGCAUGGUGUCGGUCAUGCAUUUACGAGCCGCUCAUUUGCGGCUUUCCAGCACAAGGAGUACGUUCCAGUGCAGGCCCAGCUUUUACCUGAUCCCGACUUUCCCACUGUGGCAUUCCCCAACCCCGAGGAGGGUAAAGGAGCACUGCAACUUGCCAUCGAGACUGCUGAAGCCAAUGGAGCGAGCCUAAUCCUGGCCAACGAUCCUGAUGCUGAUCGUCUGGCCGUUGCGGAGCGGGAUCCAAGCUCCAAGUCUGGCUGGCGAAUCUUUACGGGUAAUGAGAUUGGCGUUUUACUGGGCUCACUGGGAACUCGAGCAAUAUUUGCGACUGCACCCGGAUUGCGACCGCAAGCAAUUACCGAGGGUUUAAACUUUGAGGAGACCCUCACUGGGUUCAAGUGGAUGGGCAACAAGACCGCCGAGCUCCGUGACGCUGGUAAAAUUGUCCUCUUAUCUUUCGAGGAGGCCAUUGGUUUUUGCGUUGGUGAUCUUGUAAAGGAUAAGGACGGGGUCGUUGCUGCUGCUGUGUUUGCAGAGAUGGCGGUUCAGCUCGAAGCGACGAAAACGAUUACGGUGGGUGAGCACCUCAAUGCCCUCUAUGAGCGAUAUGGCCACUUUGUGACGCAAAAUCACUACGUCAAGUGUUAUGACCCCGUCAAAACUCGUGCUAUCUUCGAGCGCCUGCGCAAUGGUGGAAAAUACUGGAAAACCUGCGGAGAUUUUGCUAUCACCCACGUGCGCGACCUCACCACAGGUUAUGACAGUUCUCAGCCUGACAAGCGCGCCGUGCUUCCUGUGAGCAGCUCAACUGAGAUGAUAACGUACACUUUUGCCAACGGAUGCGUCGCCACGCUGCGUACGAGUGGAACGGAGCCCAAGCUUAAAUACUACGUUGAGCUUGCUGGUUGUGUGGGUCAGACUCGUGAGGAGGUCACUCUAGAGCUGAGAAAGCAGGUAGAGCAGAUCGUGGAGCUCAUGCUGCAGCCCAAGGAAAACGGUUUGGAGUUUGCACCUUUGGAAUAA